AUGGCAGCCCCUCCGACCGAAGACUCGAAGGCGGAUCGCUCUACGAAAGAUCCCAAGCUCGGUGUCCCCAAAGCAGAGAAAGCAGAGCUUCAAGCUGGAGGAGGCAGUGCGACGGAGACACAGAAAGCAAGGAACGUAGAGUCGCUGAACUCGACUUUAUCGACAUACCUGAAGACGCUUUACAAAGAGGUGGAGAAGAAAUACAAGCUUGAGUCCAAGGAAGGACUAGCCCAGUGGCUCGCCGAUGAGCAACAGGCACCGGCUGUAGAUGCUGAGAUACUCAAGGAUGGCUCGUUCUCGCAUUUCGCCAGCUAUUUCACCACUGGCACUGGAAACGUUAUGAAGCCUGCGGAGCCUGUAGACGAAUCCUGGCCGAUAUCGAACUACUUCAUCUCCUCGAGUCACAACACGUACUUGACGGGAAACCAGCUAGCAAGUGCUGCAAGCGUGGAUGCCUACAAGAAUGUGCUCAAAAGGGGGUGCCGUUGUGUUGAAGUUGACGUUUGGGAUGGAGAACCACCGUCAGAUUCCGAAUCAAGUUCCGACGAAGAAGCUCAGAAAACAACCGGGGGUGGGGUGAAGGAGAAAGUGAAGAAAGAAAAGAAGAGCUUGCGUAAACGGCUUGAGCUGCGCUUUGGACGAAAACCGUCUUCGCCGCCUAAAGAGACUCCGAAAGAAGCUUCUCCACCGCCAACCGGCGAACAACGGAUCGCGCCGUGGCGGUCGAACAGUUCGACCCGGGCUGAGCCAAGGGUUCUUCAUGGCUACACGUUGACCAAGGAGAUGACAUUCAGAGACGUAUGCCAGACCAUCCGAGACUAUGCUUUCGCGUCUUCAAACCUUCCUUUGAUAGUCAGCUUGGAAGUGCACACCAGCCCGGAGCAGCAAGAGAUUAUGGUGGAGCUCAUGAAGGAAUAUUGGGGAGGGAUGCUAGUGGAUCUACCGCUCGAUCCAUCCCAAGCCUCCGAGGAGACCAAACUUCCAACGUUGAAGGACCUGGAAAACAAGAUCCUUGUCAAGGUGAAGCGUGUGAGCCACAAACCGACCGAAGCAGCUGCGAAGCCUACGACUCUUCAAGCACCUGCACAAUUGACCCCUCAACAGAGCAACCAAUCUGCGCAGUCUGACAUGACGUCGGAUUCUGAGGACGCUGGCGCUGGCUCGGAAAAGCCACCAGCACCGAAACCUAAGGUCAUUGACGCGCUUUCAAAACUAGGUGUCUACUUCGGAGGCUACCAUUACAAAGGUUUGGAUGUUCCAGAGGCCAACAUUCCCACGCACGUGUUCUCGCUUUCCGAGAAGACAUUGAUGGAAGUUCACGAAACGAAUCCAACCGCGCUCUUCCAGCACAACAAGAACUUCUUCAUGCGCGCAUACCCCAAAGGUCUUCGCGUGACCUCAUCGAACCUCAACCCAGCCAUCUUCUGGCGACAAGGUGUGCAGAUAGUAGCUCUCAACUGGCAACGCUGGGAUGGUGGCAUGAUGCAAAAUGAGGCUAUGUUCGCAGGCACAUCUGGGUGGGUGCUGAAACCCCAGGGCUAUCGAAGUGCUGGUUAUGGAACCACGCCAAAGGAUGCCAUAGAGCACCACAAUCUCGACCUUAGCAUCGAGUUCCUCGCCGGUCAGGACAUCCCGCUUCCUCCUGACGAAGACGACCCGAAAGACUUCAAGCCCUAUGUCAAGGUCGAGCUGCACGUGGAGAAACCCGAAGAAGGAAUGGGUGAGCCAAUUCCUGGAGGCGGAGCGAGCAACAAAGGCGAUUUCAAAAAGAAGACCAAAAGUCAACGGACACCGAAUCCGGAUUUUGGCCGAGAGAUCAUCGAGUUCAAAGGCGUCAAGAGGGUGACGGAAGAAUUGACAUUCGUCAGAUUCAAAGUCAUGGACGACGAGCGCAUCAGCGAUGACCUCGCGGCGUGGGCUUGCUUCCGGCUUGAUCGCCUGCAACCCGGCAUCCGCAUGCUGCACCUCUACAACUUUAAUGGCGUCGUGUCCAAGGGUGUGCUGCUGGUCAGGAUCAAGAAGACGGUUAGUAAGGCGUGA